AAACUCAAUGUCUAAAUGAUGUUUCAUGAUUGUUUAAUUUACAAAGUAUUUUUUUUUCAAAUUUUGAAAGCAAAUGUAAUUUUGAGUUUUUAUUUUUUGUUUAAAUAUUUUAAAAGAAAAUAGUGUAAAACAGACAGUUUGUUACGAAAGAACAAUUUGUGCGACUAACGAAAAUUUAGAAAAGAAAUAUUAAAUGGAACUUUUAAAUACCAAGAAAUAUGGUGGUUACGAUGUGCAUUUUUUAGAUACACUUUCAGUCAAUUUUGAAUGCCCAGUAUGUAGAAUGGCAUUUCGUGAACCUAUUCAAACAGAUUGUGGUCAUCGACUUUGUUUGUCAUGCUCAGAAGAAAUUAAAAUCAGAAAUGAAGGAGUUUUAAUUUGCCCUCUAGACAAAUCCAUUUCUGAUAAGACUUUUUCAGAUAAAGCUUAUGAAAGAGAAAUUCUGCAAUUAAAAGUAAAAUGUGGUAAUUUUCAAAAUAAUUGUGAAUGGACAGGAGAACUGAAGUUAUUGAGU